UGCGCUUACCCUCCGAAUUAUCACUUGGAAGAAACAAUGUCAGGCUAUAAACUCUACUACUUUGAUGCCCGAGGUCGGGCAGAGGUCGUUCGGCUUUCCUUCGUUGCUGCGAAUAUGGAAUACGAAGACAUCCGAUUAACUAGGGAAGAAUGGGUCAAGGAGAAAGAAUGUGAGUAGAAAAUCUUGAAUGGAGAUCGCAACAUAGCAAUUGUGUUCAAGACGUUAUCCUGUAAUAACUAACCUUUGACCGACAAAGUUGGUGUGCGAUUUAAAGGUUCAGGACCUGAAUAUUGAGUGACAAAGCAGUCUCUCAUAGCUAAAACACGUUGUUCUCUUAAAAAAAAAAACGGAAAAGAAAAAGACUGCAACUAAAACUGCAUGCUAUUCUCAUUAUCAUCACAGUAAGCGAUUCUUUCAAUUUACCGCGUGUUCUUUGUCGAAUAAAACUCAAUUUCAGUUAAGUACGAAUUAUCAUGCGGUGCAUGAGAACGUAUGCAAUAAUAAGAAUUUGGAGCCCCCCAAAAAUACUUAGGUAGUAAAUUUUCGCGAAAAAGAUCGGAGGAUGACGACAAUCUAACAUUCUGUCCUUCCACCUGACCUAUCUUUAAAAUUCCAUAACUGAUUCGUAACGAUGAAAUUUAUAAGUUUCCAGAACUAAACAUCAGAACCAAAGGUGAUAUGGGUUUUUAGUAAGUGAAGUAGUCAGAGAGAUGAAUAUCUCUGAUCUUUCUCUCUAUUUUUCAAUUUUAUUCGAAAAAAAACCGUCAAGUUUGGCUAGGUUUCUUUGUAAUUUUAAUUGAAUCACGCAGCAGGGUUGCGUGACUAUGCCAUAGUAGAUAUUCUCGUCAACAAGAGUCAGAGCCGCCACUCGAAUAUUUACAUGAUUUUCAGAAAUACUUUAAAAUUUAAAACGAAUAUUAAAGAUAAUGCUUUAAUAGUUAUGAACCGAUGCUGCACCUGAAGUUUCAACCAAAGUCGCUUGAAUAGUUAGCGGUAUUGCAAGCUGUCUGUUUUUGACAUUUUAUAAUAAUUUGUACUUACUAGAUUUUAUUGUUCAAAUGGUUUUACUUGUUUUGAAGACUCCUUUGGGAUAUGUUAAUAAAAGGAAUUAAAUGCAUGUCAUAUUUAUUCACAUGUCCAUUAUAUUUUUGUCUUAAUUUAGCAAAUGUAAUGCGAUUGACAUGUUUACUUAUGGUUAAUUUUGUUAAAUUCCUGCUUAUUUGCUCAUUCCUUUGAUAAGACAUCCCUUUUCUGGUUAUUUCUUUUUGUUUCCAUUUGACCAUAAAUUUAUUCAAAUCCAUGUGUUUUUCAUCAUCCAUAUCUCUCUAAGUAACUAUCUAUAGUUCAGUUAACUAUUAACUUAUGUAUUAAUUUAUCAUCUAGUUAUCUCUCUCAAUUAAUUUUUAUGUUUUCUUUUGUCAGCUGGCAGACCCCCUCUUGGUCAGGCACCAUUUCUCGUGACCCCAGAUGGAAAAGUGCUUGGUCAGUCUCAAGCAAUCAUGAAGUAUGUUUGCAAAAUAGGAGGUGAGUAAUCACUAAAGAAAUGAAUAUUUUUCUUUAUGAAGCAGCAACAGUAAUGUUCCUAUCUAUUACCAUCACUAUGUCACAGGAAAAAUUUCAAUUUUCUGUGCUUGAUUAGUGAAUAAUUUAUUUACUUAAUCUCACCUUGUAACCCAAAACAACGUUACCUUCUUUGACCUCUUCAUUGACUUCAUGAACAAUGGAAAACCUACUAUCUGGGAUUGUCUCAGGAAAUUUCCAAGGCAGGUGGCACUCUAUGAGAAAGUGCUGGAAAAUGUGGGAAUAAAAGCUUGGGUGGAGAGGUGCCCCAUGACUGACUUCUAAACAAUUUAUCUGUGAUUGUGGAAGCAGAAUGCUUGAUUCUCAAACAUUACCACAUAAAAUGAAACUUCUGAAAAGUUGCUAUGAUUAUUCAAAAAUUUCUCCUAGCUUUGUGGGUGACAUGUUGGUGUUUUGUUUGGUACAAAUGAUCAGAGAUUGAAAAUUACCUGAUGGGUGCAAACUAACUCAUGCCAAGCAGGUCAAGCAGAAAUGACUCUGAGUCAUGGCCAAAACAUAUUGUUUAUCCCCACAGACAUAACCACUAUUGUUUUAUUACAUAUAGGUUUGAGCCCAAAAGACAGUUUUGAUGCUCAAGGCAAUUGCUAAUAUGAUUGUGGGUGGUAUUGAAGAUUUUUUCCAGGCUUUGAUAAAGGCUCAUAUGGAAAAGGAGGAAGCUAAAAAGGUACCAGGUCCUCUACUUUAUGAUCUUUAUCACUUGUCUUUACAGAUCUCAAUACCUUAUUCACUACUUACCUUCAGAUCUCUUCUGUUUGCCACUAUCUUUAGAUCUGUCUCACCCAUUUUUGUCUUUCUCACAGCCUGCCCCUAUUUUCUUGUUGUAAGCUCUUUCCUUUCUUUUUUUAGUUUGGUCAGCUAACUUUUUGACCACCCUACCUCUCCCAUACUUCCUUAGAUGGUUAGUGUUAUCAGUUUCCAAUGUAUCCCUUCCUUCCUUUUCUCCUUUGCAGUCCCUCUUUAGCUCCCACCGUGCUUUCUUCUUCUCCUUUCUGUCCCCCCCCCCGCCUUUCUACCUCCCUUACCCUGCUCUUCCCCUACCUCUGUCAUUGCCUCAUUUGUUGUACCUUUCUCUCCCAUGCAACCUUUCCCUCAUUAACUCUCUCCCUCUCAUUUUUUCUCCCCCUCUCCUUUCCCUACCUCCCUCUCUUUAUUUUCUCCCCUACUUUCUCUCUCCCUAUUUGUACUAUACCAAUGCUUUUGUUUUAACCUAUCCCCAUUUGCCUACUCAGCCAACUCUCCCCUCAUUUCCCCUGACCACCAAUUCAUUAUAACUAAUUUUAGGCCAAUUCCUUCACUUUGGGUUUUUUGUUUUCCUUGUUUGUCAAAAUUAUUUUGUAGACGGAGCUAAUGAAAGAAUUCUUUGAAGAAACUCUUCCUAAUCGACUGCCAAAAUAUGAAAAUAUUCUGAAAGCCAACAACGAAGGCAAGGGAUUCUAUGUUGGUGAGAAGGUAAGAGUUUGUUGAUAAAAACAAGUAUGAUCUUUAUGUUAACAUAUGCAAGAUUUGUUUCCCGUACAAGACCAUCCAUUUAAGGCAUGCAUGACCUUUCCUUCAAUUUUUUAAUUUUAUCCUCUAUUUAGGUUUAUUUGAUUUUAUUCACAUUGUUAUUCGUGGAAUAAAUGAUGUUAAAGCCUCUUGCCAUUGUACUAUUUAAAAAUGCAUCACGAUGUCGAUUAUGGCAAAUAGAUAAGUGCAUUUGCUGAAUGUAUAAUUUACUCAAAAGUCCCAUUACUAUCAUCACCAUCACCAUAAUAAUUAUUAGCAUCAUUAUUUUGAUCAUUAUUCUUUUUUUUCUUCCUCUUCUUCUUCUCUUUUUCUUCUCAAAAAUUACAUCCCAGGCUAAUACAGAUUUAUUUUAUGAUAUCUAUUCACAGCUUACAUAUGCUGACAUCAUUUUCUUUGACCUGAUGAACCUUUUGGAAAAAGUUGAACUCACGGUCAUGAAAGCACUCGAAAAGUUCCCGUUAUUGGCUGCACAUUACAAACGUGUGCUGGAUGUGCCAGAAAUAAAGAAAUGGAUCGAGACACGCCCAGUAACAGAGCAAUAA